CUCUCUUCUCUCUCCUCCUGCCUCUGCACCGCCCUUCCGAGCGCAGCGUCGUCUCCCCGCAACCCCGUCGUUCGAAUGUCUUGAGUGCUGCGAACGAGUCUGCACUUUGCACUCUGGUCGCGCCGCCACCGCUUCGCCCUCUUCCCCCUAUAGUGGAACGUCCGAAGGCCGGCCCCACCGUUCUCCCCGUUGAAACGCCAGGCCGCACGCUUGUCCUGGCUCUCGAAACAAUCACUCAAGGCUUGACAGCUGUCAAGACCUCGCCGCAAACACAUCGCGCGACAUCUUGCCCACCAGAAGCACUCUUCGCAGGCUGGGCGCCCACGCCUGCAAGCAAUCGACCGCGAUGGCGCCGACACCCGACGAGAAUCACGGAUUUGGAUAUGACAGCGACUAUCCACCCCAAGGCAUUACGCCUGAAAUCCCGUCGGUGACGACGACGACAUACAUCAUAGACAAGGCCUACACGACAACGGUGGCGUUUUUUAUCAAUUCAUGGAUUGACUACGGUGGGAAUCCGCACACCUACACGAUAACGCAGUUCGACAACUUGGCCGACGCCUCGUCCAUGGCAGUCAAGAUCGCCGAAGCGCUUCAGUCUAUCGAGCAGGGAUUGAUACAGUCUGCUGCUGUUCAAUCGCAAUACAGCACGUACGGGGCAACGCACGCAACCACGUCCUCGACGUACAGCACGCCUGCUGCCCCCGCGUCAACCCCAUCCACGGUCCAGCAGACAGCCCCGGUAACAGGCACACCGCUCAACGAAGAACAGCAACAGCAGCAGCAGAGCAGCCACCACGGCCCUCCCGUAACGGCACUCGCCCUCGGAAUCAUCGUUCCCAUCAUCGUCUGCAUCCUAACAAUAACCUCCUGCGUUCUCUGCGUCAGCCACUACCGAAGAAAGGCCAGAAGAGCGCAAGCAGAAGGUCGAGCGGCGAGGGCGGCAUCCGAAAUGAGGCAAGUUGGUCCAGGUUCGCCAAAGCCUGCCAGCGCCGCCGUGGUCGCGGAUGAACGUGCCUAUCACGCGCCCCCGGACGCGCUUGCCGCGAUCCCCUCUUCAAGCCAUGUUGCUGGAGCCCUCGGCCAAGAACCGCCCGUGAUUCUGUCGACGACGAUGAACAACACGUACUUUACCGGCAUCGACACGUCAGACCAGGUGUCGUUGAGCGACCAGCGCAGCGUGGCAUCGCACGACACCUUCGGCGAAGAGCCCCCACCGCCCUACAGACCGCGCAGCGUACCGCCGAUCUCGAGAGAGACGAGCGUGCGGACGUCGAUCACGUCAACGCCGUACCGCAUGUCGAGCACCAGAUCGAGAUGCGAGACGCUGUCCUCGGCCAGCGCCGUCCGGCGGAGCAACGAGGUGCGGUCCCCGUUCGACGACCCAGAGGAGGCGGAAGAGGACGAGCAUGCUUCGGAGGCUUCGACGCUACGAGGAGGCGCGAGGAUGUCGACGGAUCGCCUGAGCGAAGCUUCCGAUCUCUCGUACCAAGAAGAUCCCCGACCGACGGCAUCGCACUCGCACGUAUGACACUGACCGAGGCGCGGGUGCGAUGAUAUACCUUUGGUUCUUUCCCUAAUUUGCUACUUUUUCACCCCCGGUUCCACUCCUCCCCUCCCCCCUUCAGGCCGGCCGCAUACUAUUUUUCCGACACAUAUUUUCUUGUGCAGACAAAAAAUAUUUUUUUUUCUUCUUUUGGCUUCAGAGUAUUGCAAUGACGACUGGACGGGCUCGAAAACGGAUAACGGAUAGCAUGGCGUUCAGGCAAACUUCAUCGUGUCGGGAUACACCCUUUUAUUUUUUUUUUUUUUUUUUUAUUUUGCUUUACUUUAAGAAACGUGGUUCUUCUGCGGGAUUGACUCGUGAACACGGUAGAAGCGUGUAUGAGUGUUGGUAAAGACGAAAUGUGGGCGUGUUGGUUUUCACACGCGAGGGCUCUGCUUCUCGCGAGACACAAAGAGGCAGGACUAGUAACAGAUGUGGUCGGAUGUCAAAUCAUCUUCUUGGCUCUAUUGAUUUUGCAGCGUUAUACACACAGGCUGCUGGGUUGUGCAUGUCAUGUAUUUUGAAGAUAUGGAGAGCCAGCAAUGACCAGCCCCUUUUGAG